GAAGACCAAGACCAUCGUUUUCAUUCCCGGGAUUUGCACUCACACCGAAUUUAGAAUACAGAAAAAUAAUAAAUACAAUGCAGCCCUUAAUGUAGACUUCCAGCUGUUCAUUAACACACAUGAUGCCUGGAAAAAGGAAGAGAACAUCAACAAUUGGAAGUGAGAGACAGAGUGAAGAAAGAGAAGAGUCGCCUGCCCCUAGUUCACAGAAACGCAAACGCAAAGCUCAGUAUGACCCGGUUGAGAUCUGUCAAGAGUUGUAUGAGACAAUAAGGACGUACAAAAACGAAGAAGGAAGACUGAUAUGUGAGACAUUCAUUAGGGCCCCUCAGAGGAGAGCGGUUCCUGAUUAUUAUGAAGUGGUGGCGACUCCAAUUGACCUACGUAAAAUUCAACAGAAAUUAAAAAUGGAGGAAUAUGAGGACAUUGAUCAGCUUACAACAGAUGUAGAACUGAUGGUUAACAAUGCCAAGUUGUAUUAUAAGAAAUCUUCCCAGGAAUUCAAAGAUGCAGUAGAACUCCUGGAAGUGUACAGUGACACAAAGAAUGACCUGCUAAAUGAUGCAUUUGGAGAAACGGAGCAACCCAGAGUAGAGCGACGUCGCAGCGCAAGACAAGCAUUACAGGAAGUGGAGGAUGAUGAUGAGGAGGAUGAUUCUCCCUCAGAGAAACAGACAGAAGAUGUAAAGGACGACCCACAGGAAAUUGAGGAACUGUUCGCGGCAGCUAUGAACGCAAGAGACGGGGAUAGAGACAUCAGUCUGGUGUUCCAACUCCUCCCACAAAGAUCAAAAUACCCGGAGUAUUACCAGAUUAUUAAGAACCCCAUUGAUAUGAAGAUGAUUGCUCAGAAAAUCCAGGGCAGUAUGUAUAACACACUAGAGGAAAUCGAGAAGGACUUCCUUUUGAUGGUGAAGAAUGCCAGGACAUUUAAUGAACCAAAAUCUGUCAUCUACAAGGAUGCAGUAGAGAUGAAGAAAAUAAUACAGAAGAAAAGGCAGGAGAUUAUUCAGAGAAAAAACAUGGUACCUAAACCACCAGAGCGGGUCAGAACCAGAAAUCUCCAGAAAAUGUCGGCCAUUUGUGCAGCCCUGAAGUACCCCUCGGAUGACGAGGACGAUUUCGAGGCCUCGAUGGACGCCAGUUUACUGGAUUACGAAGAUGAUUCCGGAGCUGAGACAAUUAUGUCCGAGGACGAUAAUCUGUAUGUCACACUUCUAAACGCUGUAAAGACUUACAGAAUGCCUUCAGGGGAGACAAUAUUUGAGCCAUUUGUAAAACUCCCAAGUAAAAGGUUUUAUCCUGAUUAUUAUGAAGAAAUCUCAAAGCCAAUGUCUCUAUCCAAUGUCCGCAAAAAAAUAAAGUACAACCAGUAUAGAAGUCUGGACCAAGUGGCCUCCGAUCUGAACCAGGUGUUUGAGAAUGCUAAACAGUACAACGCUGAUGACUCGUUACUGUAUCAGCAUGCUGUGAUUCUACAGAAGGUGAUGAUGGACAGAAAGAGAGAACUGGAUCGACUCGAAGGAAACAAGGAUCUGAGUCUGGAUGACAUUUCCUCUUCUCAGUUUGACCUGCCCGUGAUGAAGAUUUCUCGUGAGUUUUUUGAUGAGGACAGCCAGGCAAGUUCCUCCAGUAAGCAGCGCCGAGGCACCGGGCUCUCUGACAGCGAUAAGAAGCGUGCAAAGCGAGCAACUCCAGAGGAGAUGAUGAAACGCAGGCUAUGGACACUGUACAGAUCCGUGUUUGAUGCCACGGACCCCGAUGGACGACCAUUAAGAUACAUCUUCAUGCAGCUACCAUCAAAGAGGGACUACCCUGACUACUAUCAAGUCAUCACAAAUCCUAUAGACCUGUCAAUGAUAGAGGCCAAACUCAGGGCCGACAAGUACCCCAGUGAGCAGCAUAUUAUCACGGAUUUCGAGCGCCUGUUUAAUAACGCACGUCUCUACAAUGAGGAGGAAUCGCUGGUGUACCAGGACGCCGAACAGCUGGAGAAAGUCCUCAAAACAAAGUGGAAACAGAUCUGUCAUGUGAUCGAGUCCCGGCGAGCGGCGCUCAGCAAAAGGUACCUUCGUCUCAAGGCAAAGUCCCAGACUCUGCUUCCUGUUCGUCUCCAGGAAAUGUACGACGCAGUCAGUAAUUACCAGGAUGCUAAAGGUCGUGACCUUGCCCUCCCCUUCCUGAAGCUGCCACUGAAAACUGAGUACCCGGAUUAUUACGAGGUCAUUAAGCGACCAAUCGACAUGCAGAAAAUUCUACUGAAGGUCCAACAGAAUCAGUAUGAAUCAAUAGAAGACAUCACUGCGGACUUUGUACAGAUGUUUGACAAUGCUUGUAAAUAUAAUGAACCAGACUCACUCAUUUACAAGGACGCCCUGACGCUACAGCGUCUCGUUUUGGAGAAGAAAAUGGAGCUGACAGAUGAUGGAACAAAUGAUGUCCCAGAUGUGAGGGCUCUAGUCAUGGAGAUGAUGACCAAUCUAUUUAUAUCUACCUACAAUCACCAGGAUGAAGAGGGUCGUUGCUAUAGUGACUCGUUUGCGGAGCUUCCAGAGAGAGACCCAGAUGAGGAUUUAGAGACGUCCAAACUGAAAGAGAAGCCUCUGACCUUUGAUCAGAUCAAAAGAAAUGUGGAAAAAGGUCGAUACAUCAGAAUGGACAGGUUCCAGGAAGACAUGUUUAAGGUGUUUGAGCGUGCUCGACGACUCAGUAGGACAGAUUCUCAGUUAUAUGAGGAUGCCGUGGAGAUGCAGAUGUUCUUUAUUAAGCAGCGUGACGAGAUUUGCCGUAACGGGGAGAGACUCCUCACCCCAGCUCUCAGUUACCAGGAGAAACAUCUGACGGCUGCCCUAGAAGUUGAGAAACAGAAAAAGUUUGAGCAGGAACAGAAAGAAGAUGAGGAUAAACAAUCAAAACGGGAGUCAGAGGAGAGGAUCCUGGAUUCUGGCUGUUCAGAGAGAGAUGGAGAAGACUGCUUUAAGUACAAGGACGAGACGUUCCGAGUGGGUGACUUUGUCUACAUAGAACCAAGAGAGAAGGGUUUAGAACCACACAUUAUGUGUAUAGAGAAGCUGUACACAGAUGCGAACUCUCAACAACAGCUGCAUGGGAACUGGUUUUACCGACCAAACGAGACCUUCCACCUUGCUAGUCGAAAAUUCCUCGAAAAGGAAGUCUUCAAGAGUGAUUUUUACACCAGCAUCCCUCUGUCCCAAGUCAUUGGAAAGUGUUACGUCAUGUACGUCAAAGAUUACUUCAAGUCACGGCCCGAGGGAUUUGAAGACAAGGAUGUAUUUGUCUGUGAAUCAAGAUACAGCAAUCGCCACAAGUCCUUCAAAAAAAUCAAGGUGUGGCAGAUCCCUGGAGGAGACCAGGUUUCCCUGUCCCCAAGGGAAAUUCCCCUUGUCCCGGUGCGAGUGUCCUCAGUGUUUGCUGGAAGAAAGGAAGAAGAGGUGGACGAUGGAGCGACAAGUAUUUUGGAUAAAGAGAGAAUUGAUAUCCCACUAGAAAAUCCCAACCCAGAUGAUGGAUAUAAUUACUAUGAACAACUAUGCACACCUUACGGAACAUUUAAAAUAGGUGACAGUGUUUUUCUGAAGAAUAAUACAGACACUCCAGAUAUUAGUAGGAUAGAGAAAAUCUUUGUCAUCAAUAAUGAUGCUUAUUUCACGGGUACAGCCUUUGUCCGCCCAGCAGACAUCCCUCACUCCCCGACUCGACUGUUUUAUAGACACGAGUUGUUCCUGAGUUCACAAGAGACAGUGCACCCAAUAUCUCAGAUCACGGGACGGUGCUGUGUGCUCCAUCUCAAGGAAUACUGCAUAAGUCGAGUGACAGAGAUUCCAGAGGAGGACACGUAUCUGUGCGAAUCAAAAGUUCAGGAAGCAGACAGAACGGUCAAAAGGCUCGGAAAGGGGCUCAAGAAAUACAACUUGUCAGGACUGGUGACUGAUGAUGAAAUCUUUUUCUACAAAAAACCCAUCACACCUCAGAAGGAGCCCUCUCCACUGCUGAUGAAGGCAGCAGAUGACACAUUUAUGGACGACUCCCAGGAUUCCACUCUAAUGGACACGCUGGAUGAGAGCACAAACAUGUCAUUUGACACCGAGGCAAGUCACCAGGGCUUCCCUGAGAUCCCCAGUACGAAGUCCACCAAAAAGACAUUCGAGGAUUUCAGUACUCCUGUACCAGAAAAAACCUCCAAGAAGGAAGAACCAACAGAAAAGAAAAAGAAGGGAAAGAAUUCAAUGAAGCGACAGAUCAGUGGAUACAUUGUAUAUUCAGGGGAAAUCCGCAAAAUAAUCCAACAAGAGAAUCCAGAGUGUACAUUUGGAGAAAUCAGCCGGAUAGUCGGGGGCAAGAAAAACAGGAAAUGGCGUCCUCCCAGUGGUUAUAUAUUGUUCUCUAAGGAAAGUCGUAGGAUCAUCAACGCGGAAUCCCCCGACAUCUCAUUUGGAGAAAUUAGUCGCUUAGUUGGUGUUCAGUGGAGAAAUCUAGAUAAAUCUGAGAAAGAGAAGUACGAGGAGAGAGCAAAACGAAUCGCGGAGGAACAGCUCGCCAAACAACAGGAGGCCACCAAAGCACUGAACGACUCCCUACAGGGUCAAGGUCAAAGUGUAUGGGAUAUUACUGGGGGUAAGGGGUCCCCAGCCCCAUCUAAUCGACCAGGGACCCCUGGAAGUAAUCAAGGACAGUAUCAAGCUCAAGGUAUGCACUCAGGGGCACCUAGGCUACCACAUCAUGCUGGCAUGUCACCAGGCCGACCCUACAUGCCACCGUAUCACGGGGGAGUCACCCCAACAGGAAUGAGACCAAUGACGGGAGGAUAUCCCCCCACCCCACCGACCAGCAUGCUGCCCGGUCAUCCCGGGGUCACCCCACAGGGUAGUAUUCCUCCCUACAGCAUGACCCCUCGACCCCCUAACUUGGGGGGCGGGGCGGUCCCUCCUAACAUGUGCUAUAGCAACUCACCUCCCUCUCUUUCUGCUUCUGGACUUUCAGCGCUACAGGAAAUGCUUCGUCGACCAUUUAACUCGACGUCGCCAGGUGUUCCUGUAUCAGCUCCGCCUUCACUCGAGUUUUACCCCCCUAUAGAAGCAGGACAACAGAUGGCGCCACCUCCUCCACCACCCCCUCCCCCGCGUCCCCCAUCCCCGAUGUUUGUCAGCGUCCCACCCCGUACACAACGGCUGCUUCAUUCAGAGGCCUAUCUCAGGUAUAUAGAGGGACUAAGAGCAGACAAACCUUUUGUCAGUGACUGGGACAAGAAUCUCACGGCUAAUGCAGAAAACACAAACACUGAUCCAAAUCGUCUGCCCUCCCAUUGGCUGGCUGAGGGAGCAGGUUACCAUGGGAACGUGUCCAAUGCUUUGUGGGCAUUACGUGAUCUUAUGCUGAAGGACACACUAAAUAUCUCCAGGACUCUCCCUUUUGAUGCAUUGUAGUUUGGGUUGUUGGAUUCAUUUUGUCGUUCUGUGUUCUAACCCACUGUUCUGAUCUUCAUCUGAAAUGUGUUCCAAGACUGUGUUCAUUUUUGGACUGUGGAGCUAUGGUUAGCAUGUGACCUACAGAUCUAAAGGACGUAAAGUUAGAGUGAGAACCAUCCUAACACUAACCCUGGACAACUACAGAGGUUAUAGAAGAGUAACUGAAGGGGAGGCAUCAGUCUGUAUAGAAAAACCGUGUUCCCAUGGUUCCAUUGAAACAUUGUGUCUCAAAGAAUUACAUUUAUAUACUGUGUCAUAAUGCAUAUUAGAUGUUAUAGUCCUAGGGAAUAUAGUGCUCCAGCUGUUGUAAAAUCAAGCUUUCAGUGUGAAAUAUUUCAGUUUUUUAAAUUCUCAGAAGUUUAUUAAGUCCACUGAAUGUUGAAUUCCUUCAAAUUUUAUUAUAGAUUGAAAUACAUAGGAAAUAUUUCUGUAUCUUUCAUUUUUCAAUGUCAUUGUUCUUAAUUUGCAUGGCAGCAGAGUUGUGUGUUGGUAGUUCAUUGUCUACAAUUAAAAAUAAAAUAUUAAUCUUCA